UCGAUCCAUCGCCACCAACCCCAUCGCAGUCGGUCAGACUCUCACCCGAGCUGCCAAGCUGAGAUCGAUCGAGACCUCGAGAGGCGGCGAGGAGCACCAUGGGCGCGGAGGCGGGGGAGCUGCCGAGGAUCGACUUCUCCGGCGUGGACGCGUCGGUGCCGGGGACGGGGCGGUGGGACGCGACGCGAGCGCAGGUGAUGGACGCGCUGGCCACCUUCGGCUGCUUCGACGCGCACUACCCGGCGCUCGCCCCGGCGCAGCGUGCCGCGCUCUUCCACGGCGCCGUCCGCCCGCUCUUCGCGCUGCCUGUGGACGCCAAGCGCCGCAACCACUACGGACCGGGAAAGCCCUUCCACGGCUACCUCGGGGGGCUCCCGGGCCUCCACGCCUACGAGAGCCUCGCCAUUGUCGACGGGCCCGAGCUCGGCGACGUCCAGGCCUUCGCCGACCUCUUGUUCCCCGCCGCCGACAACGCCGCCUUCUGCGAGACUGUCCACGGGGCGGCGGCGCGGAUGGCGGAGCUGGAGGGGGCGGUGCGGCGGAUGGUCAUGGAGGCGCUCGGGGUGGCCGUCGACGAGGCCCAGACCCAGAGCGCGCCCUUCUGGCACCUGUUCCGGAUGUCAGAGUACGGGGCGCCGACCGCCGACGAGAAGGCAAGGGAGGUGCGGUACGGGUCGCACCAGGACACCAACUCGCUGAGCGUGGUGUGCCAGCACGAGGUCGACGGGCUGGAGAUGCAGGCCAGGGACGGCCGAUGGAUCCUCGUCCGGCCGUCCUCGCCGGCGUCGCUCGUCGUCAUGGCCGGCAACGCUCUCCGGGCGUGGUCCAACGACCGUGUGCACGCGCCGUUCCACCGGAUAAGCGUGGGCGGGGACGCGACGAGGUACUCGGCCAUCCUCUUCUCCGUCCCCGGCGAGCCGACGAUCCGGGUGCGCGACGAGCUCGUGGACGAGGCCGGCGGCCACCCUCGCCGCUUCAGGGACUACGACUACGACGAGUUCGUUCGCUUCUGCGUCUCCGAGGAGGGUGCUCGCCAUGACGACAAGCUCAAGGCCUACUGCGGACUGUAGGUGCCAUGAUACGAGGUGAUACCAUGACUUAGAUGCUCCCAUGAUACGAGCUUCUGGUCCGUCGGAUCUCAGAUCCAACGGCUCUAAGUAGGUUCUGAAAGGUUGAUGUACUUGUUCGCAAUUUCUAGACUUCAAAAGGUGUUUUAUGAAAAAUGUUGAAAGCCUUCCGGAAGAGCUCGUAUCAUGGGAGCAUCUAAGGCUCCGUAUCACCUGAUACUCUCCCCCUGUAGGUGCAGGCGACUAGGAGUGGGGGAACGGCCUGGGCAGCUGGGCAGCUACACCAUCGAAUCCGGCCCAAGUCCACCGCUGAAAUGAAUAAGCUUCAUCUGCAAUUCGUGUUUUGUCUUUUUAGUGACACGUGUGCUAGGUAAAAAUCACUUUUGGAAUAAGCAAGGAAGUGCUUACUUGUAGUAGCAUUUUUUUAAAAAUAUUUUCCCACCUUUACUAGAUUAUUCUCAA